GCCCGUUCGUAAGGAUCCUCUGCUGAUUCGAUGCGGUCUCCUCGUGUGUUUGCUGUGUAUCGUCGCUAGAGUGUGGCAAGUGUUUGGGAACCCACCCCUGUUCACCCAACCCCGGGUUCGAGACCUACGUAGGGGAUGGUGGUACCCUCCUCCGCAAACGUCCUUCUAGUGCCCGUUUUCCGACGACCAGCAGGAAACAGACCCCCGCGCCGAAGCUAGUGCAUGAUUACUAACAAAGAAAACGUUUACAACUGAGCUGUAGUUAAAAAAAACGAAGUGUGAUAAAGAAAAUCAAAGUUUUUAAGUAGAUCGUCGAAAUUCUCAUCGUUGUUAGUGUUCUUCAGUGCAGAACAUUCACCAGAAGAUAAAGAAUAUUCAUCGGUCACGGUGCUAUGAUCUCACCCGCCACUAAAUGGCACCACAAAACUCAACGCUAAUUCACGGAAACGCCGAUGUAUCCUCAACCAUCUCCGCCGACGAAGAGCUAAGCAGCUACAGCCCGAUUCUACCCACCAGGGCAAGUCAUCGGCGACGGGCAGCGGCGGCUUCUGCUGCUGCUGCUGCUGCUGUGGCUCCUCCAACGAACAACGCCGGGAAAUUGGUCGCCCCCAGGAACGAUUCCAAACCGGAAGCGCAUACUCUUUCCCGAGGGAAGAAUGGGACUCUCGAGGGCACCGAAAAGGGUGCGGUAAAACGUGAAUCGAGGAAUCCAAUAACCUACUAUCGCGAUUCGGCUAACGAUACGGAAGACGACGAUGCAACCAUAACCGAUUUGAGAAGUGCCAACAAUGACAACGAGGAAUCAUCAGAUGAGGAAAAUGAGAUCCCGAUUUGGAUUCGGGGUGAGCCAAGAUUUGUGGCAGGUAUCAACGACACAACGACAUGCGGGAAUAUCAUUCAAGCAUUGAUCGACGAUGAACUCCAGAAUGGGGAUUAUAACAAAGAUGUCGCAGUGUCGCGUGAUGUGAACGAUUACGUGAUUACAGAGAGAUGGCGUGAGGUAGAACAAGUGCUGACUGGCGACACACGACUGCUGUCCAUUUGGAACGCAUGGGGCGACGCCAAAAAUGAGGUUCAAUUUCGGUUGAAAAUCAAUAAGGCUAACCUGGACAGCACCAAACUGAACAAGGAACCUAAAUCUAAAAAACACAAGGAGAAAAUUGGACUGAUAAAUCGAAUGAUGAGAAAAGUGCUAAAACAGGGCGAGGCAAUACAAAAUCACCUCUCGAUGAUAAGCCAGAAAACCACGGAGAAACGUAACCAAGACAAAUACAGCAAAUAUGUCAAGCGACACUCUGGCAAAACGGUCAUCAUGGAGAACUUUCUCGAGGAUGCCACAACGUUAUAUGAUAUUGCCGUUACUGGCGAUGAGUCCGAUGAACAGUGCAGGUGUAAGGAGAAGGUGAAACGUAACACGUUUCCCAGCAAGCUGUUCUCCGCCAAGAAAGCUAAGGAGACCAAGGUCCUUAAGCCCAGAUUCUACGAAUCAUCUGACCACAUCGACGCUCUGAAAAACGAAGACGAGUUGCUGCUGGUUAUCGAGCAUACUUCCGACAGUGACAGUGGAAUCUUCACGAAUAAUGCCCUCGGGCGCAAGAAUACACUCCCCAAGAAGCCAAAUUUUGGAUCAAUGGUUGAAAUCGACAAGCUCACUAGGGAACCUAUGGAGGAGGUUACUCUAGACGACACACCGAAACGAAAAUUCAAUUCCAAACGACGGUAUGGUUCACUACGAAGUCGAAACGCAAAUCGACGCAAGCUGGACUAUGACAGCGAUGACGUUACACCACCAAUAGACGAUUUUGAAAAUAUUAAUCUCGAGUUGCGCAAAGGAACGUUCAACCGGACAUCGUUCCGCUUUGAUUUGAUACGCCAAGAAAUCGCAACGAAAAUGCGGGAAAUGCAACAGUUGCUCGAGAAAGAAGAAGAACUUCUCCGUCGCCUAAAACUGAAGAGUGCCAAAUUUCGGGCGGAGAAUCAAAUUUACCGAUCGCACAUCGGACUCGAUUUUCACGUUGAACGCCUGCAGGAAUCGAUCGACGCUUGCGCCAAGGAGAUAAUCGAAAUCGAGCAGGAACUGCUUCAUACGAAAGCUGAAAUUGAAGAAAAAUCUCCACUGAUCGAUAACCUGAAAUCUAUGCUGGAAGCUCAAGAAGCCAAACAAUUCCGAGGAUACUAUUCCUCCUACUCUCCUUCCGCUUCCACGGCGGACAGUCUGAACGAGAUGUCCUCUUCGACUGCAAUCGGAGCGAUGGCCCUCCCUGGGAACAGCACUGCUGCAUCAUCGAAAUCCAGCAUGUCAUCCAAGAGGAAUAAUGUUAAAGAAACCGAAUUUGUUGACAAUAUUUACGAAUUUUGUGAUAAUAAUCAAAGCUUCGUAGUUUAAUCGAUAGAAAGUUAAGCUUGCAGUUAUGAUGUUACGGAGAAAAUACGAAUUACUUUGCAAAUAGUAAUGCUCAAAUACUGUUUACGUAUAUUUUAAAGUAUAUAUUUUUAUUGUUAUUCUAUAUAUUUUUAUUGCGCUUAUCGAAAAAAAAGUUUUACUACUAAAUA